GGUCUCGCCUUUGCAAAACCCCCCCCUCCUGUCUUUAUUUCACCAUCACCAACCAAGCUGCUUUAACAUAAGAGCAAGCUUUCUCCUUCUCGCUUUCCCUUUCAUUCCCUUCUUUCACCGAAAAACAUCAUUUGCGGAAACAGAACUCUGUAGAUUUCAAGAUUUUGGAAGUGGGUCUUGAAAAUCUUCUCUGUUUUUUCGAGACGGAGGCCCUGCGGUGGCUCCAAAGUUGACAGUGAUACAUCAUCCAUAAAUCUGUAAGUGGGGUUUGUUUUUUCUUGUGUUGAGAAACUGAGAGGAUUAUACUCAAGAAUGAAAAAUGUGGUUUGUUUCUUAAUGAAAUUUUGAAACUUUGACAUCCCUCCAAGAUGCACUCAUUUUAGUGGGUGUGAUACGGAUGUCGGUUCAAUAGUUUUUGUCUUUUUAAGUGACACUUCUUAAUCUCUACAUCAUGGCCUAAAAGAUGUCUUUACUGAUUCAAUCACCAAAACCAUUAAAUACCCAAUAUUUUCUGUGGUAUAUCUGUUCUGACCCUGGAAUAAUCUUCAAGAGUCAAUCUUAAAGCCCCCAGAUCCAUUUCCUUGAUGGAUUCUCAGAACCCAUUUGAGGAGGAGAUCUCAAUGAAUCAAAGGAAGGGAGGGAAUUCAGUUAGGGAAGUGAGGCAUGCAUCAAGAGGGGGUGAUAUAGAGUUGUUGGGUUUGUCGCAGAAAGAGAUUGGUGAUGAUGAUGCUAGAUUGGUUUACUUGAACGAUCCUGUAAAGAGUAAUGAGAGAUACGAGUUUGCUGGUAAUUCGAUUCGAACUAGUAAAUAUUCAGUGUUUUCAUUUCUUCCAAGGAAUUUGUUUCGACAGUUUCAUAGAGUAGCGUACAUUUAUUUUCUCAUCAUCGCUGUGCUUAAUCAGCUUCCUCAGCUGGCAGUCUUCGGCCGGGGAGCUUCCAUCAUGCCACUUGCAUUCGUGCUGUCAGUUACAGCAGUCAAGGAUGCUUACGAGGAUUGGAGGAGGCAUAGGUCAGAUAGAGUUGAGAAUAAUAGAUUAGCUUGGGUUUUAGUUGAUGAUGAGUUUCGACAAAAGAAAUGGAAGGAUAUUCAGGUUGGUGAGAUACUCAAGAUUCAGGCUAAUGAAACCUUUCCUUGUGAUAUUGUACUUCUCUCAACUAGUGAGCCAACUGGGGUUGCAUUUGUGCAGACUGUAAAUCUGGAUGGAGAAUCGAAUUUGAAGACUCGGUAUGCAAAGCAAGAGACCAUUUCAAAGAUUCCUGGAGAGGAAAUGAUUAAUGGGUUGAUUAAGUGCGAGAGGCCUAAUAGAAACAUAUAUGGAUUUCAGGCAAACAUGGAAGUUGACGGGAAAAGACUGUCACUUGGGCCCUCAAACAUUCUUCUUCGUGGCUGUGAGCUCAAGAAUACUGCUUGGGCAAUUGGAGCUGCUGUUUAUUGUGGCCGUGAAACCAAGGCCAUGCUUAACAGCUCAGGAGCUCCAUCAAAAAGGAGCCAGCUUGAGACACAUAUGAACUUUGAGACCAUCAUACUCUCUCUGUUCCUUGUAUUUUUGUGCAGUGUUGUUUCUAUAUGCGCUGCUGUGUGGUUAAGGCGCCGUAAAGAUGAGUUAGAUAUCUUGCCUUUUUAUAGGAGAAAGGACUUUGCACACGGGGCUCCACAGAAUUUUAAUUAUUAUGGAUGGGGUUUGGAGAUAUUUUUUACAUUCCUCAUGUCAGUUAUUGUAUUCCAAAUCAUGAUCCCUAUUUCUUUGUACAUUUCCAUGGAGCUUGUCCGGGUUGGUCAGGCUUAUUUUAUGAUUCGAGAUAUGCUACUGUAUGACGAGGGGUCAAAUUCAAGAUUUCAGUGCCGGUCUUUAAAUAUUAAUGAGGAUUUAGGGCAAAUAAAGUAUGUUUUCUCUGACAAAACUGGCACUCUUACUGAGAACAAGAUGGAAUUUCAACGUGCAAGCAUAUGGGGAGUAGAUUACAGUGAUGGGAGAACUGUUUCACGAAAUGAUCCUGCUCAAGCAGUGGAUGGGAAGAUUUUGCAGCCAAAGAUGGAGGUGAAGGUUGACCCUCAGCUUCUAGAGUUAUCAAGAAGUGGAAAGGAUACGAAGGGAGCCAAACAUGUUCAUGAUUUCCUCCUUGCAUUGGCAGCAUGCAACACUAUUGUGCCUCUUGUUGUUGAUGACACUUCUGAUUCUACAGUAAAGUUGUUGGAUUACCAAGGGGAGUCUCCGGAUGAGCAAGCACUUGCAUAUGCUGCUGCUGCAUAUGGUUUUAUGCUUACAGAACGAACUUCUGGUCAUAUAGUUAUUAAUAUUCAAGGAGAAAGACAGAGGUUCAAUGUUUUGGGUUUGCAUGAGUUUGAUAGUGACCGGAAGAGGAUGUCGGUCAUAUUGGGAUGCCCUGACAAGACUGUGAAAGUCUUUGUGAAAGGUGCUGACACAUCCAUGUUUAGUGUGAUAGAUAGAUCUCUGAACACAAACAUUAUACAUGCAACUGAAGCCCAUCUUCAGACUUACUCCUCAAUGGGAUUGAGAACACUUGUUUUUGGGAUCCGUGAAUUGAAUAAUUCAGAGUUUGAGCAGUGGCACUUAGCCUUUGAGGCAGCUAGCACAGCUAUAAUUGGCAGGGCAGCUUUGCUUCGCAAGGUUGCUAACAAUGUCGAAAACAGUCUGACCAUUCUCGGUGCUUCUGCAAUUGAAGAUAAACUGCAACAAGGGGUGCCAGAAGCCAUAGAAUCUUUGAGGACAGCAGGGAUCAAAGCAUGGGUUUUAACUGGGGACAAGCAAGAAACUGCUAUAUCAAUUGGCUACUCCUCAAAGCUCCUGACAAGCAAAAUGACCUCAAUUAUAAUCAAUAGCAACUCUAAGCAGUCUUCAAGGAAGAGUUUAGAAGAUGCCUUGGUUACAUCUAAGAAGCUCACAAUCACAUCUGGGAUAACACACAAUACUGGGGCAAGUGAUGCAGCUGCUGUGAAUCCAGUGGCGUUGAUUAUUGAUGGCACCAGCCUUGUCCAUAUACUUGACAGUGAACUCGAAGAACUGCUCUUUGAAUUAGCCAGUAAAUGUUCUGUGGUUCUGUGUUGCCGAGUGGCUCCAUUGCAAAAAGCUGGAAUUGUUGCCCUUGUGAAGAACAGGACUCGUGACAUGACACUUGCCAUUGGAGAUGGUGCAAAUGAUGUCUCAAUGAUCCAAAUGGCCGAUGUUGGAGUUGGCAUUAGUGGGCGAGAGGGUCAGCAAGCGGUUAUGGCAUCAGAUUUUGCAAUGGGGCAGUUCAGAUUCUUAGUUCCACUUUUAUUGGUCCAUGGACAUUGGAAUUACCAGCGGAUGGGAUAUAUGAUACUAUAUAAUUUUUACAGGAAUGCAGUGUUUGUUCUUGUUUUGUUUUGGUAUGUAAUCUUUACUUCUUUCACUUUGACGACUGCAAUCACUGAGUGGAGCAGCAUGUUGUAUUCUAUUAUCUACACAGCAUUGCCUACCAUUGUAGUUGGUAUUCUUGACAAGGAUCUAAGUAGAAGGACUCUCCUAAAGUAUCCCCAGCUUUAUGGAGCAGGGCACAGACAAGAGGCCUACAACACUAAGUUGUUUUGGCUGACAAUGAUCGACACCUUGUGGCAAAGUGUGGCUGUCUUUUCCAUCCCUCUCUUUGCAUAUUGGGCCAGCAGCAUUGACGGAUCAAGUAUAGGAGAUCUGUGGACACUUGCAGUGGUCAUUUUGGUUAAUUUGCACUUGGCCAUGGACAUCUUCCGGUGGAGUUGGAUUACUCAUGCAGUUAUAUGGGGAUCUAUCAUUGCAACUUUCAUUUGUGUCACUGUCAUUGAUGCUGUGCCUAUUUUCACUGGUUACUGGGCCAUCUUCCAUGUCGCAAAGACAGAAUUGUUUUGGCUGUGCUUACUCGCCAUAGUUUUAGCAGCUCUGAUUCCUCGAUACGUUGUAAAAUUUCUGUAUCAAUACUAUAGUCCUUGUGAUAUUCAGAUAGCAAGAGAAGCUGAGAAGUUUGGGAGUCCCAGGGAGUCGCGGAAUACAAAAAUAGAAACAAAUCCGAUAUUGGGAUCUACACAUAGAUGACAGAAUCAUCUCCCUUGUCUUGUAUAAAAAUAUGAUUUUCUUAAAUUUCUUCUAGUGUAAUCGGUUCCUGGAUUUUCAAACAUACUGUUUGCUAUCCAAAGGAUAGAUGUUGUAAUAGUUUAGCUUUGUGUUGUGUCAAAUGUUGUAUCGCAUGAAAUUUAUUGUGUAAUUAGCUUUGUUUACAACAGAAAGAGAGUUCAAUGUACACGAAUUCUACCACAAAAGGAUUUCAUA